AUGAGAAAAGAUGUUACGUUAGCACAAUUUGUUGCAAAAUAUUACCUAAAUAAAAAAGAGACUUACACUAAAAGAGAUACUGCAAGAAUAAUAAGAUACAGGAACUACGAUAUGGCUGACAAUUACAACGAUUAUAGGCGUGAGAUGGUUCUGUUGCAUGUUUCUUUUCAAAGUGAAGAAAAUGAUAUUAUUGCUGAAAAUAAGUUCAUUGAAAUAUACGAGGACAACAAAGAUACGAUAUUAGAACGUAGGAAAGAAUUUGAAUCAAAUUUGGACAUAGAGAAAACUUUAGAAAUUUGUAGACAGUUGUGCCGAGAAAACGAUGAAGAACAAGAAGACGAAGAAUUAUUAAGAGCGGUUGAUAUAUUGCAUGUAAGAGAUCCUUAUGACUUAUUGCUACGUGAUCCAAACUCAACUGCUAAUGUUGAUUUACAAAAUGCAUCUCUGCAUAAACUUGGCGCUGUAGCUAAAAAAAAGAAAAUUUAA